UCGACAUUGAAUGCCACCAAAGCAACAGCUGCCAGUCAAAACCCCCUUUUAUCUGCUGCUGCCAAUUAGUCGGAGUAGUAAUUCCAACCCGUACUUACUUGUACCUAUUCUUCUUUCUUUUUCUUUCUUGAACCAGAAAAUAACGGGUUGCCUGAACCAACUUAUUCUUUCAAUCUUCACCUCCCAAGUCUCCUGCUUCACCAAACACAAUCACACCGAAACUCCCAGCGAAUCGAGUCUUACAAUAGACACUUCUAAAUCCUUAGCGCCGCUGGCCUGAAGAUCCUGCCUCUUCCAUUUAGGGCGCCUGCAUUGUCAGAAGCGCCUCAUCUGCCCGAUUCUCUUCCGGCAACAGACAGCCGCCGCUCGCUCAGUCCGUGCUUCCAUCUGCAAAAAAAACCGCCCUUUUCCGCCCACGCCCUGGAUGAUUACUUCCUUCUACAGCAUUCACCAUGUUGGCGGUUGAGAAGCACUGGAUCAACGUACAGCAAAAGACCUUCACAAAAUGGCUCAACGACAAGCUGAAGGUCCGAAGAAUCUUCAUCGAUGAUCUCGUCGUCGAUCUCUCCGAUGGUGUCAUUCUUAUCCAUCUCCUCGAGAUCCUUGGGGGAGAAUCGCUCGGCCGCUACGCUUCGAAGCCCAAACUCCGUGUACAGAAAUUCGAAAAUGUCAACAAGAGUCUUGACUUCAUCAAGGGGCGGAGGAUUCAGAUGACCAAUAUCGGUGCAGAGGAUGUUGUGGAUGGUAACAGAAAGAUUGUGCUGGGCCUGAUAUGGACCCUUAUUCUCCGGUUCACCAUCAGCGACAUCAACGCGGAGGGUAUGACCGCAAAGGCGGGUCUUCUGCUGUGGUGUCAGCGGAAGACAGCCUGCUACGAAGGCGUCCAGGUACGCGAUUUCUCCACCAGUUGGAACGAUGGUCUGGCCUUUUGCGCGCUUCUGGAUAUUCAUCGCCCUGAUUUGAUCGAUUUCGACGCCCUGGAUAAAAAGGACCACCGCGGAAACAUGAAGCUUGCGUUCGACAUCGCUUCCAAUGAGAUCGGUAUUCCUGAUCUACUUGAUGUUGACGACGUUUGCGAUGUCGCUAAGCCGGACGAGAAAUCGCUCAUGACAUACAUCGCAUACUGGUUCCAUGCCUUCUCGCAAUUAGAACGGGUUGAAAACGCGGGACGUCGGGUUGAGAAGUUCAUCAACAACAUGCAUGGUGCCUGGGAGAUGCAGAAUUCCUACGAGCGGAGGAUGAAAGAGCUGCUACGUUUGAUUGCUGCACAACGCGAGGAGUGGAAAACAGCCUCCUUUGAGGGUACUUACAAGGAUGCGAAAGAGCAGGCCCACCAAUUCUCGCUCUACAAAAGAAACCAGAAGCGCCAGUGGGUAGCGGAGAAGUCAGAUCUGGCUGCUCUCCUUGGAAACAUCAAGACGAAACUCAGCACAUACCGUCUCAAGCCAUACGAGCCUCCGGCCGAGCUCAGCUUGGAGGUCUGUGAUGAACAAUGGGAGGGUCUGACACGCGACGAGCAUGAGCGUAGUCAACUCAUCAACGAAACGAUCCGAGAUAUCAAGAAUGCACUCCGCCGUUCGUUUGCGGACAAGGCGAACGACUUCGCAUUGACACUUAAGACGCUGUCUCUGGCUAUAUCCGGUCUUGAUGGCGAUGUAGAAGACCAACUAGCCCAUGUCAAAAGACUCAAUGACAAUCUUCCUCCCCUCGACGCAUUCUUAGAUACCAUCGCGGCGUUGGACGAGCAGUGUGCGGAAGCCAACAUCGAAGAAAAUGAUUGGACGACAUACACAUUAGAUGAACUAUCAUACGAGUUGAGUUUGGUUAAGUCAAGCAUCUCAAAGAAGCUGGCUUUCCUCGACAACCAACUCGUCGCGCGCAACAUGACCAACUUGACCCCGAUUCAAUUGGAAGAAUUUGAGUCAGUCUUCAGACAUUUCGAUCGCGAUUCGUCCAAUACACUUCUUGAGCUCGAAUUCUCAGCAGCACUAGCAAGUUUGGGUCUUGUUUAUGAUGAGGAGGAGAUGCACCAGGUGUACCUUGAGACGUGUGGCCCAGCCCGGUUGGCUCAGAAUGCGGGCGUCAGCUUUGAGCAAUUCAUCCAUUUUAUGGUUAGUGUCGUUGAAGACCAGAAUUCCGCCGAGCAGGUCUUGCAGAGUUUCCGCGAAGUUGCAGAUGGCAAGCCGUACGUGACCGAACUUGAUCUGCGACACUCCCUCAUUCCCGACGAAGUCAUUGAGCAUCUUGUGCAAACGAUGCCACCACACCAGGGCCCUGAUCUGCAGGAAGAUCGUGACCUGCCCAAAUAUGACUACAUCAGCUUUAUGGGCAAGAUGAUGGAGUACAACCAGACCCAGCCGCAUGCACCUGCCAAUGGUGACAGCUAAUGACUCAAUUCCUUCUACUGCCUUCUCAGUUCUUCUUUAUUGCAUGAUUGGCUGCAUUGCACACCCGGUGUUCUUCGGCUUCGCUUUCCUUUUUUCCAUGAUCAUAUCCUCUGCCGGAUGUUGUUGUUGCUGAAGGUUGCGAUCGGUGUUUUCUGGAGCACAAAAGGGAGGGUCUAGGGUUCGUUGUCAUUCCAGACUUGUACAUUUCUGUCUUUGUAUGGGUAGAAGUAGUUUUUCUUCGAGCCGUGAAUAGAA